AUGGCGUCCAAGGUUGUUGUAAUUGGCAGUGUGAAUGGUCAGCUAAGUGCUGUCUUCACCAAACUUGCCAAACUGCAGCCGAAGCAAAAUUUCUCUUUUGCGAUUAUCGUUGGAGACCUCUUCGGUGACUGCUCGACUGAGGCCGAGCUGAAUGAGAUCACCGGCUUACUACAAGGUAACACGGUUGUUCCAUUGCCCACCUACUUUACUGUAGGCAAUAGACCACUUCCCACUCGGGUUAUUGAAAAGAUCCAAGCCGAUGAUGAAGUGUGUCCCAAUUUGUUCUUCCUUGGCAAGCGCGGAACUCUCAAGACCACGGAGGGUGUUCGGAUUGUCGCUCUCGGUGGAACCUUUGAAGAGAAAGCAGAACGCGCGCCCGAGAGCAAUGCUGUCGGCAAAUUCCAGUCGACAUACAGCGAAGCUGAUGCUCGUGCACUCUUCGGCCUUCACCGUACCGACAUCCUAAUUACUAACCAGUGGCCAAAGGACGUCAAACUGGGAUCUAGUCAGACAUUUACUGGGGAUGAGAGUGGCGUGCCAUCUGAAUUGCAGUGCAUUGCCGAUGUCUGCGGCACCUUGAAGCCUCGAUAUCACUUUUCUCGCUCGGACACCGGUUUCUUUGAGCGGGAGCCUUUCUUUUACAUGCCCACGGAGGAGGGAGAUGGAUACCAAACUACCCGCUUUAUAUCGUUGCCGUCAUACGGCUCAAGGAAAGAUGCACUAUACGCUUUCAACCUAGACCCAUCGGUGGCACCUCCAAUCAGUAUCCCCAUCGGCUGCACCAUCUGUCCUUGGUCAGCCGUACAGAGCAAGCGCAAAGAUCUCCCCAGUCAACGCGAAUCAUACCAGCGCUUUUCCCAGACCGACGGAGAAAGAGACCCGGAGCAUAGGCGCCGGCACAAAAAGUCCCGUGCUCCUCCACCAGGCCCAGAGCAGUGCUUCUUCUGCCUCUCAAACCCAAACAUCGCCACACAACUCAUCACCUCCAUUGGAAACGACAGCUACAUCACUACGGCCAAGGGACCUCUUCCAAAACCCGACUUCUUCCCAUCCCUAGGCUUCCCAGGCCAUAUGCUCAUCAUCCCAUUCGAACACAGUCCAACAAUUGACCUAAUCUUCGACCCCAAAACCCGAGCCUCAACGUACACCGAGAUGCAAAAAUACCGUGAAUCCCUGCACCAAAUGCUAAACGAGAAAUCAGGCGGCAAACUCGGCGCCGUAACCUGGGAAAUCAGCCGCUCAGGCGGUAUCCACACGCACUGGCAAUUUCUCCCAAUGCCGGUAGAAAAGAUCCGCGGCCGCCUAGUGGAAGCAGCCUUCCAAGCAGAAGCAGCGAACCUCAAAUACGAGAAAUUCAAGACAAUCCCAGGCCCCGACGAAAUCGACAAUCACGGCAUGAACGAUUUCUUCCGCGCUUUCAUCUGGACACCUUCGCGCAGCGAAGAAGACCCCGGCGAGGGCGAAGGCGAGGGCGAUAUGUGGUCUAAGCCUGGCCACAAGGGCGUGUACAAGACACCAUCGGGCGAAGAGAAGAUCACAAUGUUGCCCAUUCAGCCGCAGAACCGAUUCGAUCUUCAGUUUGGUCGCCGAGUUAUGGGCAAACUUCUUUUGUUAGAUGAGCGUCUUGAUUGGAGGGAUUGUACUCAGACGGAGGAUGAGGAGACGAAGGAUGCUGAGGCAUUCAAGGAGGCGUUUAAGAAGCAUGAUUUUACCAUGGAUAUGGAGGAGUAA